UAAUGCCUCCUUUAAUGAUAACUUUGUUGACCUUAGUUACUUGUGUUAAAUAAAUUCAUUUGAAUUUGAGUACUGUAGUUGUUUGUAUCCUCCAUCUCUACUGGCUAAAUUUUUCUUGAUCUGCUUAUUUCUAUUGUCCUUUCCAAUUUCUUAGUCUCGGUGGUCUUUUAUCUUACUGAGUAUCAGCUACUCUGCUAUAGAGUAUGCGCGCUCAUAAGAGUUUUUAGGGAGUCUGUGUGCUCUGAACCUAGUUUUCUUUGAACGAAUGCUGAUGUAGAAUUAAAGCCAUAUUGGUAGUAACAAUGAGAGCUGUAGUGAAGUGAAGAUGUCUAUGAGAAACACUUUGCGAUUUGGGUAGUUGUAAGUUGUAUUUGUUUUGAAGUUAGGUGGUUUGUCACUUUGUCUCAAUUGUUUUUUUUUUAUUGAAGAUGGAUAUAACAGAGCAUUAACAUUAAAUAAUACUCUGUCGCUGCUGUCUGAAGUGUUCUGACAGACAAUUGGAGACAUGUUUUUAUUAUCUAUUUUAGGUUAUAUGAUAUCUAAUUCAUUAUUCUUUACUGAUCACCAUAACCCAGAUGUAGAUCUAGUUAAUGUUAUUGCUGUUGACCCCAUAUCUUAAAUCUAGCGCCCUGAAGUUUACCUGUAUCAUCAAAGUUUGCUUGUAGGAACCAGAUUAUGCCAUCAUCUUGUGUUCUGUUUUUCAUUUUCUUCCCGGAAUCUAAACAUUUCCACUUGCGAGGUCCCGAUUUUUGUAAACUAAUCAUCAUAUAUCAUGCAUUGAAGUGAGUUUCUUUUCCUGUAUACACAAGUUUUAUGUGGUUCUGAAAUUUUAGCAUGAGUUAUAAUCUGUUUUUUGAGAGAGGAGUGUUGGAAGAUAGUAGUAUAAUCUUUUAUAUGCAGUACCUAGUAAAGACCUGAAAUUUCGAGAACUGACCAGACCAGAUGACCCACAACUUGGUUUUUUAUGUGGUAUGUUCUCAACUAAAUGGAUUAAGUUGUCGAGAAUAUAAACAAGCUAAUAUUGUAUAAGCAGUAUUUUGAAUGAUUGAACUAAUUUUUUUGUGCAGAAGGGUAGUUAUCGUGGAUAUCCCUAUUCUUCCUUUAAUCAAUUGACUGUAGUCACCAUCGCAAUUAUUUUUUCCUGCUGAAGAAUUUUCAAGAAUCGGCUGCUGGUCCAGCGGGAUUUGUCUGGUUUGUAGGUUUGAACUGUUAAUGGCUUUGGAGAUGGGGUGAGUGGGCUCUUGAUGGUAUGCCUUUACCCUCACCUCUUUUGUUCUCAGCCUAAUAUAUUCCUACACCAAUUAUGUUGUGUGAUGUGACAAUAGAUAGGGAGGGAGUGCUUGUGAUGUUAAGAUCAGAAAUGGGUGGAAAGGACAUAUUUUAUUUAUUUACUUUUUAAUCUUGAGAGAGGAAUUUUCAUAGCUUUGCUUUUGCAGUCUAUGAGAAUCUGGUCCAUUCCCCUUUCUUUGUUUUGCACUGGGGUUGGAAUAAGAUUCUAAAACGGAUUGCACUUCAAUCCCGAUGGCUUUCACAUCUCCCUGUCCCAAAGUAUUGGUGGUCCUAGUAGAGUGGUAGAGAACACACCAAGAUCAAUUUUAUACCUCUCAUAAAAAUUAAGCCAUGCUUGUGAUUGCCAAUGAAACAAGGCUAUUAACUUUUCUUUUGAUUUGUUAACCGAUUGAGUUAUGUCCCGAGAGCGAGGGCUUUCUAUUGACUAUCCCUUAGCAUCAAUGUUUCCGGGAGAGAGUAGGCACUGAGGCCAACUUCAUACUUCUAUUGUAGGAAUCAAACCAUGCACUCUCUGAUUGCCAUUGAAACGGAGCUAUUAACGUUUCUUUUGAUUUGUCAACCGAUUGAGUUAUGCCUUGAGGGCAAGGGCUAGGGUAGGAACAAAUUCUAAAAAUGAUUACACCUCAAUCUCAAUGGUCCUUAUUUCUGUCCCAAAGCAUUGGUAUUUUUGGUAGAGAAAGGCAUUGAGACCAAUUUCAUAACUCCCCUACCCCACAUCUUAUGACUGUCAGCGAAAUAGAGCUAUUAAUUCUUAUUUGAGUUGUCAACUAAUCGAGUUAUGUCUUGAGGGCGAUGGAUGGGGGUUGGAAUAGAUUCUGGUUUUGAGUGAAAUAACAUCACCAAGCACCUGUCAUUCUCACCACCCUUGAGGGCUCAGAGUUGCAGACCUCAAUGAUAAAGGUUUUCUGGUUCUUUACCAUGUUCUAUCAGAGUCAUGAACCUAUUGGAAAUGUACUUGUGGGGUUAACAUGAAGUUGUCCGACUGCCAUCAACAACUUUUGGUCAUUAAGCUUUCAUCUUUAAACAACAACAGUGAUGUUAUCCACGGAGUAUCUAUCUAUCUAUCUAUCUAUCUAUCAUGAACAAUAGAUUUGGGCAUUUUAUGACCCUGUGCAUUGCAUGCUGACCAGGGUUUUUAGCCCCUUUCAGUUUCCACGUUUUUCUAUGUGCUUCUGUGUUGUGUUCUCUGCAUUGUUUACUUGUGUUGGUUGGGAGUUUGGUUCUUGAUUUCAACAAUACUGAUAUGGUUCAUGGACUAGACUGAAAACAAGUAGGAUAUGUUUUUAGUGUUGGUGUUGUAAUUCAAUGCUAUUGGGUUAGGCCCAUUAAGAUUAGUAUAUGGAUUAAGGCCAAUAAAUCCAUGCCAAAUUGUCAAUAUUUCAAGGUUUAGUCCAUCCUAGAUUCCUAGGUAGUUGCGGGUUUCUCGGGUUGCAAAGAAAGAAAGAAAGAAAGCUACAAACUUGAUAUAGCAAAUAUAUGAUACGGAGUACUACUUAAUUCAUUAAAUCCAAAUAGCUUUGCUUCUAAUGAAAAACACUGAUUUUUUUUUUAUUUAAAAAAACGUGGUUGUAUUUUCGUAAACAAUUGAACAUCGAAGUGCAAGUAGCAAUUUUAUACAGUGUACUAAGUGCAAGUAAAAUGUAUUACAAGUGCAAGUAAAAUGUACAUUGAGUAUCAAUAUUAAGCGCAUUUAACGAUAUAACUAGUUGCACCUAACGGUAUAAUUAGUUACUCCUAAGCGCACAAAUGUUAUCAUGGUAAAUUACUUGCACUUGUAAAUAAAAAUAGGUGCACUUGUAAGUGAUUCUACUUGCUCUUUUUUACUUGCAAAUGUGCACCAACUACUUGCACUAAUAACACAUUUACUUCGAGGUAUUUACAAAAAUGUCACCGCGUCGUUUUUUAAAAUUACAUCAUUCUUAUUUCUCUCCUGAGCACCCGUUCUGAUUAGAGGUUGAAUAUGUCCAGUUAUUAUGUCUCAUAAUUACUCAAAUACUUUCAAGAGUAAAUGGCAAUAUAUGAAAUUUUACACACUAGCCUUCAAUGCAUUAGUUUAGCGGGUGGAAUUAACGUCUCAUUCAAUACUUGUUUUCAGUAAGGUAGUAUUCAAUUCCUUGAUUCCUUUCACAAGCAUAGUGUGACAAUGGCUUCUUAUCAACAUAUAUUGUUUUUCUGUAGCGUUAGAAGCUGUUGCUAGUUCUUUUGCAAUAGCUGUAUUAUAAUAGAAUACUAUAAGUGUGAGCUUGGGAUUUGAGUUUAAGUUGGCUUUUUAUGCCCAAAAAAUGUACUCCUAUUAAAUUAGUGGAUUUAUAAACUUUAAGAUAUAAUUUAACAACUUUAAAAAAUCUAGAUUAUCACAUGUCAAAAAUCUUGUGGUCAACAUAAUUAUAGACCUCCUACACAAGAGAUCACAAGUUUGAAUUAAGUCAGUGAGACAUAUACUACAUUAUUACAACAGUUACUAAAAAAAUUGUACAAGAAGGAAGUACAGGCAGCCCAAAAUAUAGGCAUGCAAAUUUAUAUUAGAAUGUGGUGGUAGUAUGUACCACCUGUAAGUUGUUUUUUGAAGUGUUUCCCUAAUCCUCUCAACACGUAUCAACCCAUCUGUCCUCCACCGCUAUUCAUGAAUCAUCCCUCUCAUAGUCUCGUGCACGCCGCAGAUAUAAAACCACAUUCCAUUCCACAACAUUUCCACACAUAAACAUCGUACGUCUUCUCUGUUAGUUGAAAUUGAAGCUGAAUAUACAUUAUUAGUUAGUGUCUAAUUAUAAUAAUGAGCCAGCAACAAGCCAGAAGGCCGGAGAGCGGUGGCCAAGAGCCCAUCAAAUACGGAGACGUGUUUGAUGUCUCCGGCCAACUCGCAGCCAAACCCAUAACCCAGCAAGACGCCGCCGCCAUGCAGUCCGCCGAGAACACCGCGUUUGGGCAGACGAUUAAGGGCGGCCCCGCCGCUGUCAUGCAAUCAGCAGCCGCGCGUAAUGUCAGGAAUGCCCGUGUUGACCCCGACAACGUCACCGACGUUGUCACAGAACAGGGCGUUUCUGUUAAAGAAGAUGACGUUAUUGCCGGCCACACUUUCGUCACUGAAGCCGUCGGUGCAGAUGUUGUGGGGCAAUAUAUACGACCGCCGGCGGAGGAGAAGACGCUGUCGCCGCCACCCCCGACGCCGGUUUUUGUGAGCGAUGGUAUAACCAUCGGAGAAGCGCUAGAGGCGACAGCAAUUUCCGCCGGAGACAAGCCCGUGGACCAAAGCGACGCGGCCGCAAUACAGGCUGCGGAAGUGAGAGCUACCGGCUUAGGGCAGAUUUUGCCGGGAGGAGUAGGAGCCGACGCCCAACGCGCAGCAGAUAUCAACUCUAGAACUACAAGAGAUGAGUUCAAAACAAAGAUCGCCGAUGUCCUCACGGAUGCGAGUUGGAAGAUGGGGGAUGAUAAGCCGGUGACGGUGGAAGAUGCUGCCGGAGUUGUGAAUGCCGAAGCAAGAAACAAAGAGGACCUCGCCACACAUCCGGGCGGCGUGGCGGCUUCCAUGGCGGCGGCCGCCGGAAUCAAUCAAGAAACCGCCUUUAAUAUCACCGUGUAAUAUAAUGCUAGUAACCUCCCUACGUACUACUAUAACUACCCACAUAUGCAUGCCUAUGUACGUGUGUACCACAAGUUUGUUUUUUGUUGUUAAAACUAGUAAAUAUCGGUCGUAUGGUAGUCAAUCUUCAUGCAAUGUAAGCGUGUAAUUAAUAUGAAUAUAUAUAUCGAAAAUUUUCGGAUUUUCAAACAAA